GAGCUGUCAGCUGCGAACCACCGACGAACCACCGACCAGCCCACAAAUAAACAGCAGAGAGGAAAUCAGGAAGGAGACCAAGGAGUAGAGGGACAUCUCCGCCUGAACAGCAGAGGUUCUGGUUGGUUUUAGGGGUGCUGAGCACUCACAUCCUGCAGCAACAUGGGGGAACUCUUUAGAAGUGAAGACAUGACGCUGGCUCAACUCUUCCUCCAGUCAGAAGCGGCCUACUGUUGUGUCAGCGAACUGGGAGAGAUCGGGAUGGUGCAGUUUCGUGAUCUAAAUCCCGAUGUGAACGUUUUCCAACGGAAAUUUGUUAAUGAAGUACGACGAUGUGAGGAGAUGGAUCGCAAACUGAGAUUUGUGGAGAAAGAAAUAAAGAAGGCCAACAUCCCCAUACUUGACACAGGAGAGAACCCUGAAGUCCCGUUCCCAAGGGACAUGAUCGACAUGGAGGCCACAUUUGAGAAGCUUGAGAAUGAGCUGAAGGAAAUAAACACCAACCAAGAAGCUCUGAAGAAGAACUUCCUGGAACUGACUGAGCUCAAGCACAUCCUGCGUCGCACCCAGCAGUUUUUUGAUGAGAUGGAGGAUCCCAGUUUACUGGAGGAGGCAUCCACCCUGCUGGACCCCAAUGAGACAAUCCAAAGGGCUCCUCUCAGACUGGGAUUUGUGGCUGGAGUCAUUGGCCGGGAACGUCUUCCCACAUUUGAGAGGAUGCUGUGGAGAGUCUGCCGAGGAAACGUGUUCCUGAGGCAGGCAGAAAUUGAAGAUCCUCUGGAGGACCCGUCUACGGGCGAUCAGGUCCACAAGACUGUCUUCAUCAUCUUCUUCCAGGGAGACCAGCUUAAGAUCAGAGUCAAGAAGAUCUGUGAGGGGUUCAGAGCAACCUUGUACCCUUGCCCAGAAACACCCCAGGAGAGGAAAGAGAUGCUGGCAGGAGUGAAUGCACGCAUCGAUGACCUGCAAAUGGUGCUGAACCAGACGGAGGAUCACAGGCAGAGGGUCCUGCAGGCUGCAGCCAAGACGGUCAGAGUGUGGUUCAUCAAGGUGAAGAAGAUGAAGGCCGUCUACCACACCCUCAACCUCUGCAACAUCGAUGUCACUCAGAAGUGUCUGAUCGCUGAGGUGUGGUGUCCCGUCUCCGACAUGGACUCCAUCCAGUUCGCCCUGCGCAGGGGGACGGAGAAGAGCGGCUCCACUGUGCCUUCCAUCCUGAAUCGAAUGCAGACCAAGCAGACCCCACCCACCUUUAACAAGACAAACAAGUUCACCUCCGGCUUUCAAAACAUAGUGGAUGCUUAUGGGAUUGGCAGCUACCGUGAGAUUAACCCAGGUAUGCGUCACACCUUUAUGUUCAGCAUGGUGUUUGCAGGGCGCUACAUCAUCCUGCUGAUGGGAAUCUUCUCCAUCUACACUGGGAUCAUUUACAACGACUGCUUCUCGAAGUCCCUCAACGUGUUCGGCUCAGGCUGGAGCGUCAGGCCCAUGUUCGACGCUAAGCGAGGGGGCAACUGGUCGUUUGAAACACUGGAAGGCAAUAAAGUUUUGCAGUUAGACCCGAUAGUAGAUGGAGUGUUCAAAGGGCCGUACCCUCUUGGCAUUGAUCCGAUAUGGAACAUUGCCACGAACAAGCUGACCUUCCUGAACUCGUUUAAGAUGAAGAUGUCUGUGAUCCUGGGAGUCGUCCACAUGCUGUUCGGAAUCUCACUCAGUCUUUUCAACCACCUGUAUUUCAAGAAGCCGCUGAAUAUCUACCUGGGAUUCAUCCCGGAGAUCGUCUUCAUGGCCAGUCUGUUCGGCUAUCUAGUCAUUAUGAUCUUCUAUAAAUGGGUCUUGUACGAUGCCAGCACCUCCAAAGACGCUCCCAGUCUCCUCAUCGCCUUUAUUAACAUGUUCCUGUUCAACUACAACGACCCCAGUAACCAGCCCCUCUACAGAGGACAGAUGGCUAUCCAAUCCCUCCUGGUGGUGAUCGCAUUGGCUUGUGUUCCCUGUAUGUUAAUAAUAAAAACUCUCGUUCUGCGGAGACAGUAUUUGUGGCGGAAGAACCUGGGUACACAGAAUUUUGGAGGCAUCCGGGUGGGCAACGGGCCCACUGAGGAUGAGGCUGAAAUCAUCCAGCAUGACCAGCUCUCGCAGCACUCGGAGGAGGAGCCUGAGCGUUGCCUUUUGUCACCUGCUGUCAAGGCCUGCCAGGAGGAAGAGUUUAACUUUGGGGAUGUGGCUGUGCAUCAGGCCAUCCACACCAUAGAGUACUGCCUGGGCUGCAUAUCCAACACCGCCUCCUAUCUGAGGCUCUGGGCCCUCAGUCUGGCUCAUGCACAGCUGGCCGAGGUGCUGUGGACCAUGGUGAUGCACAUCGGCCUCUCCAGCAGAAGCAUCGGAGGGGGCUUCAUCCUGGCCGCCGUCUUUUUCUUCUUUGCUGUUCUCACAGUUGCCAUUCUUCUCAUCAUGGAGGGCUUGUCCGCCUUCUUGCACGCACUGCGACUGCACUGGGUGGAGUUCCAAAACAAGUUUUACUCCGGCCAGGGCUUCAAGUUCCUGCCCUUCACCUUCGAAAGCAUCCUGGAAGGGAAUGCUGAGGACUGAGAUCUUCUAUUGAUGUCACUCAUCUCUUGAGAAUCUGUGUGGUGUUGAAUAGUGAUUGUCUCUUUGUGUGUGUGAUGCAGUUUCCAUGAGUGACACUCCAAAAGCUCUUUCAGACUGUUUGUUUUAAG